CAGGGAUGAUGCUGCCGCCGUAGGUCCAUAUUACCUUGCUAGCAGGUUGCAGCUAACCGAACACAGGCGCUCCAGUGCGGCGGCGGCGGCGACGACACGGGGAUGUGCCACCCUCUGUGAAACAAGCUGAGGAUUCUGCUGUGGUUUAAUAUUUUAAUUGUGCGUCACACGAGCAGGAAUAAAACUUGCCCCAAAAAACUCUGGCGAGAUGACGACGCGGUCGGAGAGAGAGAAAGCCCAGAAACUCAACGAGCAGCAUCAGGCCAUUCUGUCAAAACUGCUGAGGGAAGACCACAACAAACACUGUGCUGACUGUGAAGCUAAAGGACCUCGAUGGGCAUCAUGGAACCUCGGGGUGUUCAUGUGUAUCCGCUGUGCCGGCAUUCACCGCAACCUGGGCGUCCACAUCUCCAGAGUGAAAUCCGUCAAUCUGGACCAGUGGACACCUGAGCAGAUCCAGAGUAUGGUGGACAUGAGCAACGCCAGGGCCAGACAGCUGUAUGAAGCCCACCUACCGGAGAGCUUCAGACGGCCGCAGACCGACCAAGCAGUGGAGGUCUUCAUCCGGGACAAGUACGAGAGGAAAAAGUACUUCGACAAGGAAGCUCUGACCACAGCUCCUCAGAAGUCAUCCGAAGCCGCUGCUCCCUCCACCUCCCCGUCCUCCCAGGCCGACAGGAGCAGACAGGAGAAGGAGCGUGAUAAGAAAAAAGAGGAGAAGAAGAAAGAGAAGGAAGCCGAUAAAGGGGAGAGACUCAACAACACAAAGCAGUCAGAGUGCAGAGCCAGUCCCAAGAAGAGCACAGAGCCAGCUGUGGACCUGCUUGGCCUGGAUGCUCCGGGGGGUGGUGGAAAGAGCUCCGGCGGUGCUGCACCAAUCAGCGAUGAGCUGGACAUCUUUGGACCAAUGGUCUCCAACCCUCUCCCCUCAGCCAACAACACACAGCCGGCUCAGUCCAGUUCCACUACAGCACCUCUGCAGGCGGAUGCCUCCACCUCUUCCUCCUCCUCCGCCUCCUCCUCUAUCCCCACCACUACCACCACUAAAGCGGAGGAGAAGAAGAAGCUUUUAUCUAAAGACUCCAUCUUGUCUCUGUAUGCCAGCAGCUCAGUGGGCAGUCAGCCGCAGAGCCAGCCACAAACUGCGCAAGGACAAGCAGGUAUGUACAUGGGCCAGCCCCAAAUGCAGUUCGCCCCACAGGGCUUCAACCCCGGGAUUGGAGGAGCCGCCCCACCCACCACCAUGAUGGGCGGAGGCGCCAUGAUGUCCGGCAUGGCGCUGGCCAACGGAGGCUACGUUGGCAUGCAGCAGCCGGGCGGGAUGCCAAAUAACCAAGGGCAGAACAUGUACAAUAUGCAGCAGGGGCAGCAGCAGCAGCAAGGACAGUGGAAUAUGACCCAGAUGACCCAGCAGAUGUCUGGCAUGGCUAUGAGCGGCGGAGGGCCAACGUCAGGCGCCCCAGCGGCUGGUUGGCCCACUGCUCCACAGACGGCUUCUGGCCAGACCCUCAGCACUCAGCUGUGGAAGUGACGAGGAGGGUGGUCCAGAGGAUGGGUGGGGGGAAACAUGGCGCAGUCACAUGGCAACCAAACAGCCAAAUCUGCCUCCAACCCUCCCAUUUCCUCACGGCUCUAAAUAAAGAACACACAGCGGGGGCAGUUUUGCUGCCCUCAAUUCCUAAAUCCACCUUCACCGUGGUUACAUCAAGAAGCCAAGAUGACAUCACAUUAGGCAACGUGGGGAGGGGGAGAUUGACUGGCAGCCGUUGUGUCCUGUCUUAAUUCGUGUUUUCUUCUCUUCUUUCUUUUGGUUUCCUUUUUGUUGGUGAUGUCUGAAGAAAGACUCAAAAAUGGCAAAACAAAAAAGAAAGCUGCUUGACCAAUAACAUCAAGUCCUGUUAUAGUAAUAUUACAGUAUAUCUUUACCAAAAUGGAUAGUUUGUGAAUAGUACCUACAGUAGAUAUGGUUAUCUUGUGGUUGGUUUAUGCUACCCUGUCCUCACCCCCCUCUCUGCUGUGUUAAUUGUAACCCCUCCCUCCGUCUCCCUCUUCCUCCCUAUAGGGCGAGCAGGGCCUUGUAGCAGAUAAUCGUGUGAGCAGUACUGUAUCCAUGUGAAUAUGAUGUGAAACCCCCACUUCUUCAGAGCCAUAUUGGAGAGAGGUUGAUGCUUUUACUCUCAGCAACUUUGGUUUUGAGUUUUAUUUGUCACAGGGCAUUGUGUGUGUGUGGUGGGGGGUGGUCUGUAGAUGAGGUCCUCCCUUUACUUAAAAGCAUCCGUUGCUGUUAAAUGCACAGGGUUUGACCGACAUGUGUUUAAUGCUGCUUCAACAGUAGUUGCUAUUUUUGCACUGAUUUCACAAAAUUGUAUAAUUUCCUGCAAAGAAUUCUUAAAGCAAAUAGCGUCUCAUUACAACCACUUCAGGUUCACUUUGGGGGGGGGGGGGUUGUCCUCGCACCACCAGCGAGUGCACCACUGAUCAGCUCCGCAGUAAAGAUCACACACACCAGGUGGUUCCUUACCUCCGAGCUGGAGCACAACAGAUAAAUGGAGAGUCUUUCCUCCUAAGACUCCCAACAAAUGUUCUGCUUCAACAUUAUUUAGAGAAGGCAACAUCACUCUGGACUUCUGUCUAGACAAGAGGUCACAAGUUAAGUUACACUAUCAAAAUCAUUUUUUUUCCUCCUGCAUAUGAAAUUUGAAACUCAGUAUAUUCACAAAACAGUUGAGCCAAAAAAAACUAAAUAACCUGCAGGCCUGUCUUUGUUAUGAAUAUUCUUAAGAUGUGUUAGCCGCCCAUACAGCCACGGACUGUCAGUACCAUGUUCUCCAAUUAAAAGAAUAUGGAAACAUUAUGGAAAAUACCUUUGUUCACCUUUACCACUCAUGUCUGGCUGCCUGCUAUUGAAAAUUAUUGCUGGGAAGGGAUUAGCCUAUUUUAGCAUAAAGACUGCAAGCCGGGGGAAACAGCUAGACUGGCUGACUUCGUCCAAAGUUUAUUUAUAUGCCUAAAAGCCUCUCUGAAGCUGACGAACAUGUUAAUAUCUCACAUCUUAUACCCAGACUCUGGACAGCAGCAGAUUAACUGUGCUCCCCCGUUUACAGUCUCAUCGCCGAGCGACGUUAAUCACCUCCUGACUCUGGCUCCACACACAGACGUGAGCGCGGAAUCGAUCUGUGCAUCUUACUCUUCAAGAAAACGAAUAAGCGUAUAUCUCAAAAUGUCAUGAGCAUACACAUUCGGCUAACUAAUCAGUUUCAGCACAUUCCUGAAAACUGCAGUAUCUACAUGACAGUUUAAGGAAAUGUGGUAAAAGACAGCUAAUGCACCCAGCUGUCUGUUAUGCGCCAGUUUUCAGUUUAAAGAUAUACUGCACAUCAAAAACUCAAAAUAAUUAAUUGCCCAGUUCUAGUUGAAAGAAAACCAUCGUUAAAAGUGUCAAAGCCCACAAAGGUUGGGAACCACUGAUGUAUAUAUAUAUACAUGUAAUACCAGUAUUGGUGCUUUUAUUAGGAGCUGAAUAUAUCCAACCCAGUUUUUCAGACUGACAUCCCAUUAAAAACAUCCCGAAACUCUAAAUGUCAAGGAUUCCCCUAUAAGUGUCAGUAAUUGCCGGGUGGCCCAGUGAGUCCCCUGGAUGUCUUUGGUAGCCUCGCCGUGAUGUUUUGAAGCGUUUUAAAACCAAACGGGGUUCAGUGGAAGACGGGCUCUGACCCAGUUAAGACACGUCCUUGUUGUCGGAACGAGCCGCUUCCCUCCUGCGCUCCCCGAGGCAAAUUAGAGCCCCACUGGAAUCACAGUGGCUCGUCUUUUCGGCACUUUAAACAGCAGAGCAGGUACUGUAUCUCUCUCACUGUGUCGUGGUUUCGCCGCUGAGUGAUCUGUCGACAGCAGGAUAGGAAAUCCAUUUCUUUUAUUCAUUCCUUUUUUUUUUUAACUCUUUUCAAAACUGGACCAGUGGGACACCCGACAUGUUUCUCCUUCAAUCUAUGAUGCUCUAAGUGUACUGUAUGUUCUGCCAUCCGCCAUCUUUACUGUGGUGUUUUGUUGUGUGCGGUACGAGAGAAGCACAGUGAGUCAUGAGCAAAUAAACCUGCAAGACCAAUCAGAGGGCUAGACUGGCAGCAGGAGGAUAAUGGAACAGGACUGGGCCGUGUUAGAGAAAGGGGACCUGUAUGAAAACACUGGAUGGGUCCCACCGACCUUCACGACUUGGAGUAAAAGCAGCAGAGCAAAAUGAGAAAUGAACAAAACUCCGACACACACACACACACACACACACGGAGCUGCGAUCACACUGCCGAGCUCCACUGCAGAGAUUCGUGUCCGAGUACACAGGGUCCCUCUGCCAUGCAAUAACUGUAGAACUCUGUGACAAGUGGUUAGUGUGAACGACACAUGCACACAUCCAUUAGAUACAAACGUCCUCCAGGUUUAUUUGCGAUGUGUUUACAUUUUCUGGUGCCUAGUACAGGGGGGGGGGGGGUUCCGUGCAUUAAAACAAUAAAUAGCGAGACUUGUUCAUCUCUGUCCAAUGACUCUUUUAACUGUAAAAGUAGUGUUUUAUCUUUUGUGGAAUUUAGUUUUGCUCCAUUGUUUUCUGUUCCAGGUUUCACAAGAGGGUCAUUUGGAAUAAAGGCUGUUAAAUCCUG